AGCAUGUGGCGUUGGCUGUGGAGUGAUAAGUCCAGGGUAACAGGAAAGGACAGGGUAACUUGUAUGCUGCUCACAAAGUGCCUUCCAUACUCAUCUUCAGACCAAGCCCUAAUGAAUGUAAAAGCUGAAAUUGAAAGCAGUCAAUUUCCUGUUUUCAAAAAACGGAUAGACAGUUACUGGCAGCGAAAAGAAGAAUGGGCUUUAUGCUUCCGGACACAAUUCCCAACACGAGGAAACUACACGAAUAAUUAUUUUGAGGCAAGCAUAAGAAUAAUCAAAGAUAUCCUGUUUCAAAGGCAGAAGGCCUGGAAUGCUGUACAGUUAUUCCAAAUGGUGCAUAUAACAAUGGAGUUGUAUUAUCAGCGCCGCUUACUUUCACUGGCAAGUAACAGACUUGAUCACUUCGUGUCAUUAAAAUAUACAUUAGCUGGUGUGAGGCUUGGUAGCACUUCCUUCGAUGACGUAACAGCCACAGAAGAAGACCCUGAUGUAUACAUGGUUAGAAGCCACACAGAUCCACACGACCACUGGAUAGUAGACUUGCAACUAGGGGAAUGCUCUUGCCCGGUAGGAUACAAUGGAACACCAUGUAAACACCAGCUCGUUGCAGCAACAAAAUACAUGAAGUCCACCAUCAACAAGAUUCCAACUGAUUCCCCAAAAGGACGCCAGCUCCUUGCAGGCGUAGCUCUUGGAAAAGAUUGCCAACCCAUUAGCUUCUACAGCAGUCUUCACCAAAAGUCAGAUGAAGAGUACUUGCAGUCCCUCUCUGUUGAUAUUCAAUGGCAUAAUGAAGACAUACGGCAUUCUUUCAAAGAAUCAGCCAUGCUGGAUGAUGAUCUGUUCCAACAGAAAAGGCAGAAAACAACCAUGAAGGAGACUGAAAUACCCAGUAGUGGUGAAGACAAGAAUCAGGCAAUCGAGACAGUCAAAACAAGUCUCAAUGAAGUCAUGGUUGACCUAGAAACUGGACUUGCCCCCAACAUGACAAAUAAUGAUGGGUAUCUGACAGCUGUUAAAAAGUUUUGUGAAAACUACUGGAAAUGUCGAGGAAAAUCAACACAUCCACCGACCAAGCAGCAGCGUUUGGUUUCAGCAUUACACACUUUUGGCUGUCAUACCGGGAUAACAAAGCACAGGCAAAGAAUUCGGGUGCAGCCUACAGCCCUCAGCAGACGAAAACACAUAAAAAAUUCAAGUUCUGUUCCUGCAAAAGCUGGCCGCCUCAGUGUGUUUAAUAGUAGGAGAGCAACUCACACAACUCCUUCUGUCAGUAGGUAUGUGAUGCCGAAGCGGAUACAAAAGAUAAAGAGACAGCACAGUCUGUCCGCCAGUAUUCAGCAGAACAGCAAAAAUGCUUGACAGACUUUAUUAUAAACUUUAUACUUAGAAGCAUGUUUACUAUAGAUAUACAAUGUAAGGUAUAGAUUACGUGUAAGCCCAUGCAAUGUUCCUGAAGAACUAAAAAGUUAAUCUAUGUCUACGUGACUAUACGUACCGUAGUCUAGCUACUAGUAGUCUGCAUAUUUUAAUAGAUUGCUAGCUGUAUUACGUGUACACCAGUUUGAAGAGGUCUCUGG